AUGAACAUUGCCUCUGGUAUUCCGAAAUUCUUUCCUAUAGCAAUGAUCCAACAACACGAUAGUGAUUACGUUCGAGAUGAUACGAUGUUCAUCAAAAUCAUGGUCGAUUUUAGCAAUUUGCCAAAAAUGCUUUUGCCCUUCGCGUUAAAUUUACAUCCUGGUCUACCCACACAUGUUCAACAACAAAUGAUCGAACAAGAAUCACAACGACGUCAAGAUUCGAUGGUUACUAUAACCAGUUCAACUUCUCCGACAGUUUCUCAAGGCACGUGUGGCUAA